CCUACAUUCCUGGGAACCUGAACGUAGCACGACGUUGACGGACAGCUGUUGGGGGCGGGAUUACAUGACGUCACGGGGUGGAAGAAGACAGCAGAGCAGGAAUCAAAACAAGAAACGGACACGCCUUCAUUCUUAAAGGUUAUAGCAGCUAAUUCCUUAAACCUGCUGCAAAAGCAGAGCCUGGAGCCCGAGAGGAAGCCAAAAGCAGCGGAACAAAAACAAACCCCUCCGCCGCCGUCGACGACGUCCGCUGCAGAAAUGGAGUCCACAGAAAUGCCAGACGGCGCUGUCUGGAGCCUCUGGUAGAGGUCGAAACUAACGCCGCCGACGUUCUGAAUCGUGUAAAAUGCCCAACCAGAAGAGCAGCAAGGGGAAGAAGAGCAAACGCACGAAUAGCAGCGGGGAUGAGCAGGAGAACGGAGCUUGUGCGGCCGCAGCGGGAGGUGCCGCUGCGGCGGUGGCCGCGGCCGCCGCUGCGCCCCGGACCGAGCGCUCCACUGAGGUGCCGUGUGCCUCCCCCCUCGGCUGCAGCCUGAGCCGCACCGUCGACCUGGAGAAGGACGACCACCAGCGGGUGCUCUGCAACAACGAGCUCUGCCCUUACGGCAACUGGAUGCAUCUGCAGUGCUUCUACGAGUGGGAGAGCUCCAUCCUGGUCCAGUUCAACUGCAUCGGCCGGGCCCGGUCCUGGAACGAGAAGCAGUGCCGGCAGAACAUGUGGACUAAGAAGGGCUACGACCUGGCCUUCAGGUUCUGCUCCUGCCGCUGUGGACAGGGCCACCUGAAGAAAGACACGGACUGGUAUCAGGUGAAACGGAUGCAGGAUGAGCGGAAGAAGAAGCCGUCGGAGCGGAGCUCAGGUCGGAGCGGGGCGAGUGGAGGGGGGGCGGGAUCCUUAGACGGACCUUUUGAGGAGGCCAAGAAAAGCAAGUCAGGAGGAGGGAAAUUACCUCCCAGGGCCUCGAGCCAGGAGUUACCUCGCAGACAAUCGGUGGACCGACAAAACUCCACAGAGAGAGGAGCAACAGCGGGAGGAGGUCUCUCCCCUCUGGGACCUCCUCAGAAAUCUCCGUGCGUCUCUCCAGGACAAUCUCCUCCAACCAGCUUCACCUUCUCCCCCACUCUUGUCCCGGGAUCAGGAGGCGUAGCAGCAAGUCUGCGGGGCUCCCGUCAGCUGGGUGAGUUCUUCCGAUCAGCCGUCCACUUGGACCCGCAGAGGAAACACCUGCUGGCUGGGGGGGCUCUGGCUCGAGGGGUUGGCUGCUCCCUGGGAGGAGCCCCCAGCAGCGUAGCUCCGCACCUGGACCCCGGAUCUGUUCUUCCACUGCAGCUGUCCUUCGCCCUUCACCACCGCCUCAACCCCGGAGCGGAAGGGGACGGUACCCAUCCUCACCCGGUGCAGUUCCUGAGGAGGCUGGACCUCUCGGAGCUCCUCACCCACAUCCCCCGUCACAAACUCAACACUUAUCACGUUCGCAUGGAGGACGACGCCCAGGUGGGGCAGGGGGAGGAGCUACGCAGGUUUAUCCUGUCGGCUCUCAGUGCGAGCCAGAGGAACAUAGUGAACUGUGCGCUCUGCCACCGCUCGCUGCCUGUGUUCGAACAGUUUCCUCUGGUGGACGGGACGCUGUUUCUCAGCCCCUCACGCCACGACGAGAUCGAGUACGACAUCCCCUGCCACCUUCAAGGUCGGUUGAUGCAUCUUUAUGCCAUCUGUGUGGACUGUCUGGAGGGCGUCCAUAAGAUCGUAUGCAUCAAGUGUAAAUCUCGCUGGGACGGCAGCUGGCACCAGCUGGGCACCAUGUACACCUACGACAUACUGGCUGCCUCGCCGUGUUGCCAGGCCCGACUCAACUGUAAACACUGCGGGAGGCCGGUGGUGGACGUCCGAGUCGGGAUGCAGUAUUUCUCCGAGUACAGUAACGUUCAGCAGUGCCCUCACUGCGGAAACCUGGACUAUCACUUCGUUAAACCUUUCUCCUCCUUCAAAGUCCUCGAGGCUUAUUGACAAAUGUUUUCAUGCGUAAUAGUUCAUCUGCUUUUGUUCUUUUUUUCAUUAUUUCUAACUCAGUCUAGAAAAUAUUUUAUUUUGGGGGGGCUUGAGGUGGUUUUAUGGUUUUAAGUUCUCUCCUUUUAAUGUACAAGAUGAAUUUUAAUGGUUGUAAUAGAGAAUUCAACGUUUAAGAGCAGCUUCUGCUGCUGAAGAGUGUUGAUAAAGGGUGGAGAUGACAUUUACGUCAGGCAAACGCUUAUCUGACAUAUGAAUGUAUCUGCGCCAAAUUUGCUUUUAUUUUUUACCAAAAAAACUAUCUUAAAAUAAAGAAAACAAUUCACACGGA